ACUAAAAUGAAAGUGACUUAAUAGAAAAUGCAAAUUUAGUAUGAUGUAAAACAGCACGUGUCAUUUUGAAUUCUUUAUUGUGUGGAAACACUAGUUCUCAUAUCAAACACAUAAUAGAUCACUCAGAAGGAAUAUGAUUAUCUACAACUUAUGAACUUUAGCACACGAACUAAUGAGGGCAUUGUUUUCACGUGAAGUUCUUUGAUAGUGAGAGGAAAAUCAAACACUUUUAGUUUUUCUAGUAAUUGUGUAUGCUAUCUCUGCCUAUUGUUAUAUUUAUCACCACUGGCAGAUAAAACUUCAGGUGAUGACCCCACCAUCUCAAUUGAUUGUGGGCCACAGACAUGAUAACCUAGGUGCAACAAUAUAAGAUGAGGAACAGCGUUCUUUUUAAGUCCCUAUGCUGAUAUCUAAAGAUCUGUUUAUCUAUAAGGUCUACGAAACCACAGUCGCUUCGGAGAAAGUGAGGUAGCUCUAUUCUGGAGGAACAUUAAAAAUUAAUCAAACUUCACGUAAAAUGGAUAGCAGUGAGAAGACUAAGCUUUUAGAUGAAGAUGAGGAGGCCCCUAAAUCUGUAAAGAUCCCAGUCACAGGAUUUGUCAUCGGAAUCAUCGUGUUUGUACAUAUGGCGUCCUUUACCAUCCUACUGUUUGACUUGAGUCAGUAUACUUACAGUGUAUAUAAAGACAGAGAGUUUCCGAACGCAACGUUGAACAAGUCAGAUAAGUCUCUUUGUGAAACCAAUACAAGUUCCCCAGAAUUUGAAAUGGAGCAAACUAUACAGUCUGAUACCGCCAGAUGGACGGUGUAUAUAUCUAUAUCGGGUGGUAUUCCUGCCAUAUUCACCGCCCCUUUAAUUUCUUCCUUGAGUGAUAGAUUUGGAAGAAAGAAAACGCUUUUGGUCCCAUUAUUUGGAUCUCUUAUAAAAAGUGGACUCUGUUUUCUGAACAUUUUCAUGAAAUAUGAUGUUAAUUUUUUCAUAAUUUAUCUGUUUAUUGAGGGUUGUACGGGAGGCUGGGUCUCGUCUGUUGCCAUUUGUUCGUCGGGUUUUGCUGAUAUUACAAAGGCCGGAAAACAAAGAUCUUUUGCUUUUGCAAUUCUUGGUCUAGGUGUUGGGGUUGGAUUCUUAGCAGGGACCUUACUUUCUGGUUAUCUGAUAGAAGCAUUUGGGUUUAACAGCCCUGUCGUUGCGUCAGGUGCAAUGGUUCUGACUGGGAUACUAUUCACCAUUUUUGUUCUCAAAGAACCGUUGAAAGAGGAGAAUCGAGUCAGUUCAGUUCAUCCAGUACGUCAGAUUAAAGAGUCGUUAGACCUAUACAUUCAUGGAAAUAAAGAUCAAAACUAUGGGCGACGUUGGCAAUAUAUAAUACUCAUACUGGCAUUCAACUUACUCAGCAUGGCAGCUUUAGGAAAAACAAAUGUUGAGAUUCUCUAUCAAAUUGGAGCCCCCUUUUGCUGGAGUCCGAUCAGAAUUAGCAAUUUCGGCACCAUUCGCAGUGUUAUUCAGGAGUUUGUGGGCGUCGUCUCUAUACGAAUCCUACAAUGCUUUAUGUCAGAUGACUUCAUCGCAGUCAUUGGAACUCUUUCUGCGAUUGGUUACUUCGUAAUGGAAGCACUAUCAACAACAUCUUUUGAACUUUACAUGGUUCCAGUCGUCGGUUGUCUGGGUAUUAUAGAAGUCACUAUGAUACGGUCCAUCAUGUCUCGUUUAACGCCCCCAGAUAAACAAGGUUCAAUGUUUGGAGGUAUUGCAUUGUUUGAGAACAUCUGUUUUAUGGUGGGGUCGGUGGUGGGCGGGGCCAUCUACUCAGAGACGGUCAGUUUUCUCCCUGGAUUCGCUUUCUGGGUCAUGGCGGGAUAUAACGUUAUUGGUCUCCUUUUACUUAUAAUAUUUUACAUUGGUUCCAAAAGACAGAGUAUAUAUUACAAGGAAAUUAAUGUCACAUAAGUUUACAUUUAUUCAGUUACAAAGGACAUAGAAUAUCUCGAGUAGAACAAUGUCACCUAAGUCUACAUUUGAUUCCAA